UGAUUCAUGCAAAGUGCAAAUUUCUUCUGUUGUUCUGCUUGUUUUGUCUGUCUCAUUCAUCUGUUGCUCAAAUGCUCACACGCAAAUUACAAUUCGAUUCCCGUUUCUAAAAGGAUGUAUUUUAUUUUAGAAUUUGUUCGCGAGUGCCAAAAUAAUUCUUUUAUUCAAUCUUCGUGCUAUCAAUCAGUCAGUUCAUUCAAACCUUUGACGAAUCUUCUUGUUGCGUAGAUGAAAGCUCAUCGUAAUCACUAUGAUGUCCAAUAAAGAUAAUUUCGAAACAGUCAGCGAAGGCUGGUUAACAAAAUCACCGCCAACCACUCGAAUAUGGAGAGCUCGAUGGAGAAGAAGAUGGUUUAUAUUACGACAUUCUGGGGAAUUACCUGGUCAAUAUUUUCUCUUUUACUAUACCGAUAGGAACUGUAGAAAAUUGAAGGGGCAAAUCGAUCUGGAUCAAUGCGAACAGGUGGACGCUGGUCUUCGAUUCGAAUCUCGUAAACAAAAAUAUCAACACAUGUUCACUAUACGUACACCGAAACGUAUAUAUUAUUUAGCUGCCGAAACCGAAGAAGAUAUGAAUAAAUGGGUGGACUGCGUAUGCCACGUUUGCGGUUUGAAACCCUUCAUUACAGAGGAAGUGGUUACUGAUGGUCAAGAGUAUUACGGAGACGGAGAUAACGUCUCGCAAGCUCCCACCGGUGUCACUGAUCUAUCGCCACCGGUAACCCCGUCUUCUAAUAACAUAAUAACCGGGCCGUAUAUACCGAUCAGCGAAUGCAUCAGCGGUAAACCGAUCCACAGUGCCGAAGAUCUGAAACAAUUCUUACUUCUGCACGGGCACGUGAACAAGCCUGCGGCGGCAGCUACCAGUAUCCCAGUUACCGAACACCGCCCCGAUUCGUACGAUUUACCUCGUAGUCUUCGACCACCAGAGAUCCAGGUGGAAGUUGGUUCGACACCACCGCCUAGUCCAGGAAGCGAAUCCGUUUUCACAGACGACGAAUCGGCUCGUAAACCGCACAUGGCGAAGAAACCAACCGUGAAUUGGGAAACCUUCCCUAGGCCAUCAGAUAGCUCGAUCGAUGGCGAAGAAAGUCCCGGAUUGGGUACAGCCGCUGUGACCGUAAAAGCAGACCGAAAAUUUGCCAAAGUUGCCGGUCCCGUACCGAUGGCAGCAGCUGCUCCGCCUAGACCACCUAAACCGUCCCAUUUGGCGAAUGUUGAUACUACAGGCGUGUCAGCUGGUACCGAAUCUGGCCAUCCUCCGGUCCCUGAGCCGACCCAAGACGAUAUGUACGAUAUCCCGAGAUCUCAUCAGAUCCCCGCUGAUCUAGAUGUUUCCAAGAAGGUGGCUGGAAGGCACUGUUAUACGAAUGCGGCUCCGGGCCAUGUAACCGAGAAUAACAUCUUUCGAUAUGAUUUCGCCAUGACUGUCACCAAUUCCGACGAUUUGCCCGAAAGUCCGAGAUCUGAAAGCGGUUCGGUGUCUUUCCCUAACACGUUGGCUUAUUCGAAUCUUCCCAGUCCCUCGUUCAGUACUGGCAAUCAGAUUAUACCUACUCCGCCGGCUGUCAAUCGUGAAUUGAAACCGGGACGAAAAUGUUCAGACUCGACUGGAGGGUCGAACGAGCCAUCUCCUAUUCCACUCAGCACAUAUCCGCCAAAUAUCGAUCGUAAAUUGAAACCUUUGAAAAAGGUUCAAGAUGCGAUGCGUCAUUAUGAAAACAACUCCAGUGGUACUUUGAAACUUUGUUCACCUCCAAUAGGCAGUCUUAGCAGAAGGAAGCAGAGAGCCGGCCCUAGUCCUACGCCACCAAGUAACUCUUCCAAAAGUUACGACAGUGGAUCAGCGACCACUGGUCGGAUGCAUCGAAGACAUUCGUCGUCGGAUGAUCGAUUGGAUCAAGAUAGAGAAGAGGUCCAGUUUUACCAAAUCAACAACCAUACUUACCAUACCCGAACUCGUGGUAAAAAUGAUAGAUCUAAGAAAUUCAGCGAAAUCCAGUAUUUAGAUUUGGAUCUCGAUUCGAGCGAUAACGCCAAUAAUAAUUCCGGGUUGGUGAAUAAGUCGACGAAAAAUGUGCACUCUCCUGCCACAGCUACUGUUUACAAAACGGUCGACUUUGUCAGAACGGAGGCGUUUAACAGAACCAGGAUUGAAAUAGAGGAAGAGAGGAGUAGUAGAUUAUGUAUGGCUGCCGAAUCUGCCUCGUGACGGUAAAACUCCGUUCUGUAGUCUCUCGAUGGCUCGAACGGAUUUACAAUAACAAUUCACUAUCGAAGUGAUCAGCUACCUUUAAUUUUUACCUAGGUAUAAGAAUUCAUUAAUUCAUUUCGAAACUAAGAUUUCCUCCUUGUGAGAUUAUAUUUAUCGAAUUGACUUUUGAUUUUUCGAUCGAAUCAUACCCGUAAAACGCCAGCUAUCGAUUUUUUAUUUCGUUUUUUUUGUACGAUGAAAGUUUGAUAAUUUUUUUUUUUGCUGUUGAUUUGACAUUUUGACGUUGCGAAUUUAAAAAGUGCCUUAUUUUUUUAAACUUACUUACUGUGGGUCUGUUUUUUCCCCUAAUAGUCUCGAGUAUUUCGGAAGGUGAUAUUUUUUAUUUAAAAUGCCCUGUAGAUAUUUUUUAUUAUUUGUUUUUUAAUACCUACGACAAUGAACGAAUUUUUAUUCGCGAAUUUCACGACUAUAACAUUACCUCAACGGUGAAUAACUUGUUUGUUUAACGAGCUUUAUUUUCAAAAAAUGGUAAAAAUAGUGAAAGGAUGUUUUUUAUAAAUAAUUUUUGUAAUUUGAACUUCGAAGUAUUAAAUAACUACCAACCUCUAGUCCGUAAAAUUUCGAGAAUACGAUACAUACAAGUAUAAUUUAUGAAUAAAAGAGAUAGAAAACAUAAGUAUUUUUUGAUCGGUGGUUUCAGCCUUCAAUACGAAUAAAGACUCAAUAUAAAGCAUUAUUUAUGCAUUGUCUUUUUUAAAUAUUCAACAUGAUAUCAUUGAUAUCUAAUGGGAUUACUCGAUCAGUUUUAUUUAGUUCGGUUCAUCUUACUUGGAUUGAGGUUUUUUUUUGGAAGAAUUCGGCUAGAAAAAAAGAUCUGUACGGUUUUUACGAAAUUAUUUAUUAACGAUGUCUUCAUUAUGCAAUGUGCCAUGAUAUAUUAUGUGGAAAUUGAUGCUAUAAGAUCUGAUUUUUUUUUAGUUUAAAUUGUACCUUCCCGUUUUAUUGGUAUUGCCUAAUUUUUUAAUCUAGCAUAGGUAUAAAUUUACAUUAUCGAACAAGGUAUUGUAAUAUUGGUCUUCCAGUUGUUGGGGAAAAUGUACGACAGUCAAUUAUUUUAUACUGUAAUAUUAUUCGUUUAUUUAUCGAUACUUAUUUUGAAAGAAUCUUGAUUUUCUUAUUGUAUUUUGUAGGGUAUAGUAGGUUUUUUUCUUCUAUAUUUUAUACGUUUUAUGCUCAGUUUAUUCGUGUCUUUCAGUAAAUUAAUUACGCUAGAAGGUGUAACUUAUAGAUUUUAACAAUAUUGUAUCAUUUUUAUUUUUUUUGUUUAAAUUAUAUCGAAUUGGUGUUGAA